AUGUAAUAAAGGGAUCAAAUUUAAUAUGAUUUACCAUCUAACUCAUCUGAAUUGAUAUUAUAAAUAUCUUCAUGCCACAAUUUAAUGCUUUUGGAUAAAGUAAAGAAAUUAAUAUAUAACAUAAAAAGGCUUUUGAGAUUUAAUAAUUCUAUAUGACAAGGCAUAAUUAAGAUAAAGAAAACUUUCCAAUAAAUAAAGAUUUAUUUAAUGAAAUCUAAACAUUUCAUAAAGAAGCAACUUUCUUAAAAUAAUAAUUAUCAGAUAAUAAAGACUGGAUUCAUGAUUGCAAUACUUAGUAGUAAUAAAUAUAUAAUUAAUAUAAGUUUUUAGAUGAGUUAUAAGUUUAUACCUAAUUCCUCAAAUGUUGCAUUGAAAUUUGAAUCAAUUAUGAAAUUACCAAUUAUAAAUGCAUGUGCUUUAAUCUAUUAAACUGAACUUUUUAAUAAUUGGGUUCCAUUUUGUAAAGUUAGUAAAGCAGUACAAAAUUAUUUAGAUAAUAGAUAAAAUCACCAGGUUUAGGUCAUAAAAUUUGCUAUAUUAUGAUGGAUCUUCCAGUUUUAUCAAAUAGAGAAGCUUAUAUUAGAGGAUAUGGAGUGGAUAAAUUAGAAUAAUCAAAAUCAUUUUUAAUAUGUUGUUAAACAAUUCAUCAUGAUAAAGAAUACUAAUAAUUACAUUAAAUUAACACUACUUAAGUUAAUUGUGUAUAAGUGGAAAUUAAUUUUUUUGCUGUUGAAGUUACACUUAUUAAUGCUGGAGAAUUUAUUAUGAAAAGUGUUGCUAAUUUAGAUCCUAAAAUGAAAUUUAUUCCUUAAAAAGUGAUGAAUUUUUUAAUGAAAAAAAUAGGGAAAUUUAUGUAUGAAAGAUUUUGUAAAUUGGCUUAAAAUAUUAAAGGAACUUAAUGGGAAAAAGCCAUUUAAGAAUAGCCAUAAUUUUAUGAACACAUAAGAAAAAGAUUUGAAUAAUAUUUAAGUAAAUAUUGA